CCAUCUGUCACUGUCACAUUCACGUUUUUACCUAGAAAAAAUUUAUAAACAAUGUGCGAAGUGCGAUUUUAUUUCUAAUUCAUUAUAAUAGUAUACGAAAAUGGGUCAAGAAACGUAUUUCGAACUGACAAAAAGAGCUGUACCUAUCAUCAAGAACGAAACUUCUCACAUAAAAUGGCGAAAUUCAGUAAUUACUGUUGUCACCAACAAACGCAUACAUUUUCUCGAAUAUGCUUAUAAUUUGGAGUGUUUGGAAAGGCAUAUAGACUUCAAUGAAUUUUCUAUGGCUAGCCCUAAGAACAGUCCGGCGACAGGUGUAUGUAAAGCCAAGUUUUUGAAGUCAGAAAUGCGGAAUUUGGACUACACAGAAAUGAUAGUCGACUCAGCCUUUUGGCCACAUAAUCCUGCUUUAGCUCAAGAAAUGACCAGUGCGGUGAUGUGUAAAUGGUCACCACUGAAUAAAUCAAAAGGUGAAUGUGUGUUAGCAGUCCUAAAUAACAUUGGUGGGGUUGAAUUCUUGACGGAACAACAAUGUCAGUGGACUAGCAUUUUGAAUCUAUCUCCUUACAUGAUAAAGGUUUUAGAACAUAAUAAAGCAGUAAAAUCCUUUGAAGAGCUUAAAGAAUCUGUGUAUAUACUUGAAACAUCAGCCAUAUGUUGGGCAAGAGAAUUCAAUGCAAAUAAUUCAUGCUACUUCGUAACAGCGCAGAAAAGUGGCACAGUUCUAUUUUGGCAAUUAUUUGAUAAUAAAGAUGUAGAUUAUGUUAAAGUGAAAGGACGCAUAGAAACUAAUAUGAAGGAUAUAACUGCAAUUAAAUGGAUACCAAAAUCAGAAAACACAUUUUUUCUAAUAUGUGCCGACGUGUUGGGGCAAAUCUACGCUUUUGAUAUGCAAAUAGAAAAUGAGACUUUAAGUCUUAUAGAUGGUGUCCCGCUUUGGCCCCACAAAGAUAGGAUGAUUGCCAUCAGUUUAAAAUACACCAUCAUUAACAAUCAUAUUGUUUUCAUAUGCGGUAAACAUAGGCACUUACUUGUCCAAGUCAUUGACGAUAAAGGAAAGAAAAUAUCAGAAUACAUAAAUAAUAUUAAUGACCACCGAAUAACAGACAUCUGCUACACAGAAGAAGGAAUUUAUUUAUCAACAGUGAACGUCAAAAUAUACAAAAUUAAUGUAACACUGGAUGACAGUAAUUUGAACGUGGGUUUAACACAAUUACACCUCAAAGAUCCGUAUUCAACAUACGAAUUGUAUAGUAUGCAAUUCUCAAGGAACAAUGUUGUGUGUGCAUUAGCAAUGAAUGACCGAAAAGUUCUAAGCAGAAAAGAAGCCUACCGAUUAGAAGUUAUUUUCAUCAGUACAGAAUCAAAACUUGAAUCAAUGCUACCAACACUCUUAAACAAUCCGACAGAGAAAUUAACAUACUACUGGGAUUGCAUUGAAGUUCUACGAUUUCAGAUCAAUAAGUUCAGAAUAAUUCCUAAGUUAGACUAUACUAAACUGUACGAAGAAGCCAAACAAAAUCUUUAUAAGCUAAAAGUAUAUUAUAUACUCAUGAUUUAUAUUACAAACCUGAGAAAGGUUUUAAGAAUACAUUCAGAAUUAAUUUUACCAGAAACGUCUCGGGAUACCAUAAAAGAAAGAAUGCUAUAUUUACAUGCAAACAUAUUGCUUAGUAAGUUAUGUAAGAAAUUCAAAACUGAGGGAAACCGCAAUAAUUUGGAUAUGGAAACUUUACAAGGUAGUAAAAAAUAUUUAGAGUUUUAUGAGAAAAAAUAUAAAAUCGAGAUCGGAUGUGACAAUAAUGUACGUGAAUGUGAAAAUUUGUUCACGGAGAACAAAUGUGAGUAUAUUUGUCAAUGUUGUGAUGAAAAACUUGAAGGAUUGACAUGUAAAGAUGGACAUUUAAACAUGUUGUGUAUGAUCACUUUUACUCCGAUAACGGGCGAUGAUUAUUUGUACUGCCGGAGCUGUGGGUCUACCGCUCGAUCUGAUUUAAACAGUGAAAAUGUGUUAUGUACUUUCUGUGAUCUACACUUAGUUAAAACUGAUUGAAUUCCUUUGUUUGUGGAAUUAAAAUUGAGUUGUUUCUAA